CGCCACUGUUGGUGUAAAUGACACUCAACACAACAGCGUGACCUUCAGCGCGUGAGAAACUCGAGCUCCGCUGCACGUUUUGACCCUUUCGGCUUGCCAUACAGGCUGCACGCCUAGCACUGCAUGCAAACCAAUGAAAAUGCAGGAAUUGUCUGUUUUCCCCUAAUGCGUGUGCCAUCUUUCCGCUCCGUGCAUGCAUCUCUCUCCCCGAGCAGCUGAUUGUGUUGUGCAUGCAUUAGGAGCCGGAUUGCACACAUGCAUGGCCGUCAUCCGGGUUGCAUUCGUGCCGCAGACGCCAGAGAGGGAGAGAGAGCCUCUAACAUCACGGUAAAUCAAAGGUGAAGCCAGGACGGAGAGGAAAAAAGCAUGGCGUCCGCGUUCGGCUCCAGGACCCUGAGUAAAGAUGAUGUGAACUACAGGAUGCAUUUCCGCAUGAUCAACGAGCAGCAGGUGGAGGACAUCACCAUCGACUUCUUCUACAAGCCUCACACCAUCACCCUGCUCACAUGCACCGUGCUCAGCCUCAUGUACUUCGCCUUCACGCGAGAUGAUGGAAACCCUGACAGUAACCUGUGGGUGGGUCUCAUCCUGGUCAUCUCCUUCUUCUUGGUCAUCAGCGUUCUCGCCUUCCCCAACGGUCCGUUCACAAGACCCCAUCCAGCGAUAUGGCGUAUAGUGUUCGGGUUGAGUGUGCUGUACUUCCUCUUCCUGGUUUUCAUCAUCUUCCUGAACUGGGAGCAGGUCAAGUCUCUCAUGUUCUGGCUGGAUCCCAAUCUGCGCUACGCCAAACGGGAAGCCGACGUCAUGGAGUAUGCCGUCAACUGUCAUGUGAUCACCUGGGAGCGAAUCCUCAGCCACUUCGACAUCUUCGCCUUCAGUCAUUUCUGGGGCUGGGGAAUGAAGGCUCUGCUGAUCCGCAGCUAUGGCCUGUGCUGGACCAUCAGCAUCACCUGGGAGCUGACCGAGCUGUUCUUCAUGCAUCUUCUUCCGAAUUUCGCGGAGUGCUGGUGGGAUCAGGUCAUCCUGGAUAUCCUGCUGUGUAACGGCGGAGGGAUCUGGCUGGGAAUGACCACCUGCCGCUUCCUGGAGAUGCGCACGUAUCACUGGGCCAGCAUCAAAGACAUCCACAGCACCACGGGGAAGAUCAAGCGUGCAGCGCUGCAGUUCACUCCCGCUAGCUGGACAUACGUGCGCUGGCUCGACCCCAAGUCCUCCUUACAGAGAGUGACGGGAGUCUAUCUGUUCAUGAUCAUCUGGCAGGUCCGUGCAUUCACUUCUCUAUCAUGCUCCUGUGCUCUGAUGUUUAGGCAGUAUUACGCGUAUCUGACGGACACGCAGUGCAAGCGGGUCGGGACUCAGUGCUGGGUGUUUGGAGCGAUCGCUUUCCUGGAGGCCUUGGCGUGCAUUAAAUUCGGACAAGACUUGUUUUCCAAGACGCAGGUUUUGUAUGUGGUGUUGUGGCUCCUGUGUUUGGCUUUCAUCACGUUCCUGUGUCUGUAUGGGAUGGUCUGGUUCGCUGAGAACUACGGGCCCCGACAGAAGAGCUUCUCGGAGUGUGAGGACAGUAUUUACACGGAGCCGGGCGAUGCCGAGUCUGAAUGCAGAGGGGAGUUUGAGGCGGACAGCACAACUUCCUCUUCCACCAGGAAACGGAGGGACUCUGGAAAUAACAGAAGCAUCAACGGCCUGGAGAAAUAAGGCCGUCUCUGAAAGGCUUUUUCGACGGGAACUUUUGCACAGGUGUCGCUCCUGUUAGCAGCAUCAGAUGACUGUGAUGGUGAUGCAAGACCCUUUGAAAAGGCAAUCCUGUGUGUCCGGUGUUUAGUUAGCGCGCUCACUUUACCUGUUGACCUACAGAGACUGGUUAACCAGGUUAGAUCCCAAGCAUAGCUGGUGUUUUCAGUCGCAUGCGUGACUCGUAUCAGUGCUGGAUUCGAUGUCACGGCUGUAUUUUACGGCAAGCAGCCGAUUUCAGAGUAUGUUAUUCAUAUCAUAAUGUGUUUACAAAUGAUCAUAUUUUAAAGUCAACAUUAUAUCAGAAUUUACCUUCUUAAAACACGUGCUUAUUGUGCAUUUUGCUGGUGCAUGUUCUUUUAAAAUGAUUUUCUUUUAGUGAUAGUCAUAAAAAUGUAAGUGUAGA